CUAGGUGCCGAGAUUGAGGACGCCUCGGNNAAGCAUGGUAACGGUAGGUCCUAUACAGAAACAUUUUUACUUUUCUCCCAAGACGUCCCCUCUCAAAACCUUGGCAUAAUCGAUUCACAAGCCCCUCUUCUUGAUCUGAGUAUCGGACCUCGUGACCUCUCCAUCAAGCAAUCUCCUGCCGUCCUCAACUCUGCUCGUGGAGGUGGUACUACAGGUGCUGUUGUCUGGAAGGUGACUCCGAGGUUUGCCGAGUGGUUGGUAUCGCCUGGUAACAUACUAGCACAACAUGGCAUCGUGUCUGUGGAGUCAAGCGUGCUUGAGCUGGGGUCUGGCAUCGCCGGCAUUGUGCCUUUGACUCUGGCCCCUCUGGUACGGCAAUAUAUCGCUACAGAUCAAGUAUACGCCCUCAAACUCCUGAAAGAGAACAUCGACCAGAACACAACACCAACACAAACUGGAGCAAAGAACAAGAAGACCUCGAAGAGAACAAACCCUCUACCAAGCUCGAAUAUACAAGUGUUAUCUUUGGACUGGGAGACUGAUGAUGUCGAUUCAUUUCUCAAAAGCAACAAUGCACACAAAGGAGUCGAUUUGGUCGUUGCCUGCGACUGCAUAUACAACUAUGCACUGAUCAAGCCGUUUGUUCAGACAUGCGCUGAUGUCUGUCGAUCAAGGACAGACGAACGCCCGACAGUCUGUGUGAUAGCACAACAACUACGACAGCCAGAUGUGUUCGAAGAGUGGCUCGAGGAGUUCAACAAGCACUUUAGUACCUGGAGACUCUCAGACGAUGUAUUGACAGGUCCUCUGAAAGAGAGUUCAGGGUUCAUGGUCCACGUCGGCAUCCUCCGUGGAGGCUCGAUGGUGGUGUGA